CUCUCACUUCUCUCUCUCAAUUUCCGGCGAGCACCAUUACCGCCGCCGCCGUCUUCUCAGCCUCUGCUCAAUAACACCAAUAAGCCUUCGACAUUGUUCAUCAGAUUUGGAAGAGUUAUGCCGCGUACAACGACAGUCGAGAGUUCCGGCUGCCCUCCGCUUCGAGCCUUAACCUGUGAUGCUCUCGGCCUCAUCAAAGUUGUAGAGGCCCGUGGGGGGCAGAAUGGAGAUGCUGCUAAAGUGGUGGAACGAUGGGGCGAGCCGGACGCCUCCAAAUGUGUGCUUUCAGCUUCAAUUCUUGAUCGAGAGUCUCAUCCGCUGAUCGGUAUUGCAAGGAAAUCCGGAUCUGUUGAAAUUAUUAGUGCUAUAAAUGGGGAUCUUCAAGUUCAAAUUCCGGAUCUAUGUCAGCCUGAGGAUGAUUCCAUUGUUGGAGUGCAUUUGUUGCAAAAGCAUAAAUCAGACUCGUCAUCUAGGUCAUGCGCAUUGCUCGCCUCUACAACUAAAGGACACGUGAGAAUGGAAUCUGUUAAAUUAGGCAAAACUCCAGAAAAAUCUGUUCGUGACCCUUCUCCAACAGUGUGGAAUGUAUGUGGAUCGGGUAAUAUUUUGUACUCAAAAGUGAGUGAAGAUGAAAACCAUGCCUUGUUCGGAGGGAAGGGUGUUGAAGUUAACUUAUGGGAUCUUCACAAACAAGAGAAGAUCUGGACUGCGAAAUCCCCCCCUAAAGACAGCCUUGGAAUUUUCACACCAACUUGGUUUACAUGUGCAACCUUUUUGAGUAAAGACGAUCAUAGAAAAUUUGUUGCCGGGACCAACUCUCAUCAGGUUCGGCUCUAUGAUAUCUCUGCUCAGAGAAGGCCUGUGAUUUCAAUUGAUUUCAGAGAAACCGCCAUUAAGGCUGUUUCCGAAGAUAUCGAUGGAAACACAAUAUAUGUAGGAAAUGGCUCAGGCGACCUUGCUACCUUUGAUAUUCGUACAGGGAAACUUCUUGGAUGCUUCAUCGGGAAAUGUGCCGGAAGUAUAAGAGCCAUUGCUAGGCACCCUGAGCUACCUGUGGUUGCGUCCUGUGGGCUUGAUAGCUACUUGCGAAUUUGGGAUGUACAGACGCGACAGCUUCUCUCAGCGGUUUACUUAAAACAACAUCUCACAAGUGUUGUCUUCGAUUCCCAUUUUCGUAGCGAAGCUCCCGCACCACAAGUCGAAACUGCAGCAGAAGAAGAUAAAGCAGAAGCAACACCAGUGAAACGGAAGAAGGAGCAUCGCGGAACUAAGAAGGCGAAAUCAAAGAGUAGCAAGAGGUCGAAGCACGAUGAUUGAGAUGUUUCUGACAUUCCAUCAAGGAUAAGUUUUGACACCAGAUUUUGAUGUUGUAGUAAAUUUUUGGUAUUGUUAUGCAUUUCCUUUUAUUUGUAGAAGUCAUCAUCUCUGCGGAGCUGAUAUUAGUGAAUUCAGACCUAAUUUUAUGAGAAAUUUUUGUAUUUAUAAAACAAUUUCAGUCA